CCCUAGUCUGUAAGACUCGGGAGACUAGCUCCAUUCUUUGUUUCGUUUUGCACUGAUAAUAGCUAGAUAUCUCAAUUGACAUAUUCUACAGUAUCGCAUAUUGUGUUCGUACUUGGAAUCAUCGGAGUGAUAAACUUAUCCUGUGCAAAAAUGUGGUUUAUAGUCAUUGCGUUGCUUAUCCCUUUACAUUUUCAUCAAUCUUCUGGUUAUGUCAUCGAAGGAACGGUUGUUGUCCCUACAGAAGCUCCGUCGGAUUGGCAUAUUAAUACAAGAAUUAAUGUCGCCGGGGAUCAGUAUGUUGGUUUUGUCAGGUCGGACGGGAGUUUCGAAGUGACAAAUAUUCCUUCUGGUUCAUAUAUCAUUGAAGCGAUAAAUCCAGUCUAUUAUUUCCAGGGUGUCCGUGUUGAUAUCAGUUCUAAAGGUCGUAUUAGAGCACGUCAAUUGAAUGCGCCACAACCAAAUGCUGUCAAAGAGAUCCCCUAUCCACUACGUCUUACUAGCUCUGGGAAAGCCAUCUAUUUUAAGGCUCGUGAGCAGUUGCGCACUUUGGAUCUCUUAUUGAAUCCAAAUGUUCUCUAUGUAGUAGUCCCAUUGUUAUUAGUCAUGGUACUCACAAAAUUAGUCAACACUAGUGAUCCGGAGUUACAAAAAGAAAUGCAGCAGAUGAAUAUAUUGAAUCCUCAACAGCAGAUACCUGAUAUGAGUGAGUUCCUCUCCUCCCUGUCGUUAUUCGGUGGUAGUGGGAUCGGUGCAGGCAACAAUAAGAAGUCAUCGACGAAUAAGCGUAAAUCUGGUGAAAAAUCACGUCAAAAUAACGGCGGUGGUAGUUGUGCUAAUAGUAAUAGUAGUAAUACUGCAACUUCAGAAGGAUCAAGUCACUAUCACUACAGCAGUGGGACUAAUACUGCUAUCAGUAGUGCUUCAAGUUCUUCUGGUGGGACAGCAACGGUGACAUCUAGACGAACAACGACGAAAAAGUAGUUAAUAAAAGAAAGGUUUUAAUGAAUAACAGUUAAGCGAGAAUAUCUGUGUGUGUGUGUACACGCGUGUGUUUGUUUGUCUGCCCGCCUGUCUGUUUAUUUUUCUUGUAUAACACUUAUUGAUUUUAUGCCCCUUAAUUUUUGUGCUCCGAAUUUUUUUUUUAUUUCUUUCAAC